GUCACCAGAAGUGGUUGCCACUCAAGUUAGAGAAAAAGACUUGAAAUGGAAUAGCUCACAAUGAAAAGAACAGAAAGAACGCAGCUUUGGAGGCGGUAUUAAAGAAGCUGUGAAUGUUAGCGAACAAUCGUCGCUGUCAUGAACGCUGAUAAUAGAAGACAACACAAGAUGAACGCCCCUGUUUUCAACCCCUGCACAGUGUCAAGUAUACGAAACAAGAGUUUAGAGAUGUCAACACUGGUAUCCAUUACAAUAUUGUAUGCCUGUGACCUUCAUUUCACUUCAUAUCCGAGGUAUAAAUGGUGAACGAUUUAGAAGAAAUACUUUUAGUUGAGCCCAGUUUCUCGGAUACUAAAGUUCUUGGAAGCAAGCAGAAGAAUCCGAUAUGCGGCACUUUUCUGAGAAUUUAAUUUUUUGGGGAGUUUUCUGUCAAGUUCUUUUGAGAGCCUCACUGGAAGAUCAACAAGACAAGACAAAAAAGAAAGCUGAUCGCUUCGGGUGGUGGGGUGAUUCAGAUCCUUGGCUAUCAGAACCCCAGCCACCUGCUCCUCUUGGACCACCUCAGCGGCCUCAACCUCCCAGGCCUCCUGCUCCUCUGGACCAAGGACGACCACCAGCACCCUUGGUAGUACAGCCUCCUGCUCCCAUUCAAACUCACCACCACUACCAACAUCCAUCCAUUAAUCUGAUAGAGCAAGAUCACGUUACCAGAGGAGGAGUACAUGCAGAAGAUAUAAACUGUAUACGAUCCAAUGGUGUAACUCUCUUCUCUGCUGUGGUUGUUCCUCCUCCUGAGUACACUUCCCAGCCUGUCUUCGAGGAUGCAGCAGGUCCCAACUACUCUCCAGCCGAUUGCGCCAUGAGACCCAACGAGGCUCAAGGAUAUCCGAAAACUUCAUUCGCUAUGUAUGUCCACCAUUUCAACAAAUGUGGAGUUAGAGUGCAACAGGGCUCUGAUGGAAAGGAGUGGAUUUCUGUCACACUGCGAUUCCCUUAUAUGGAAGGACUUCGCAUGGCUGAAGACGAGUACGUCAUGAUCAUGUGCAAACCUCAAGACCGAAUCGCUACGACUCAGCACGUCAUGGAUAUGCGUAGCACAGCAUCGGAGGGACGGGCAGUGCAAACCAAAAAGGUGUUUCGCAAUGGCCCCAGAGAUGUAGCCUGCAGGAUGUCGUUGAUGACCAGAGCUCAAGGGGCACGAGCCUUCAACAGGGAGAUGAAGUCCGGUGGCAUGGUGAGAGUUGGACAAGAUAUGCAGAUCAGAGGCGUGGUCAAAGAAGGAGACGGUUGGAACUACGCUAUGUUGAAAGAUGUUAUAAUAACUCGCGUAUCUGGAAACAAAUUUGGUGGCAAUGUUCGUGGAUAUCCUUCCAAUGGGCACGACGCACCUGGCAACAGUUUAGAUGCAGGGGAGAAUGCAAUUUACAGAGAUCACAGGCCGUCCCAUUCGGAUGCAGUUACAGCUCAUGACGUUGCGCAGCUAGUGUUUAGUGAUGGCUGCCGGAAUCCGCUUUACAGACCAGUGGCUCCCAUCCAUCCUCAAAGGGACCCUCAAAAUCCGUUGGUGGUCACCUUCAACUUCAAAGCUUUUAUGUUUCAAAAUAUGCUGGAUGGCGAAUCUCUCCGUCUCUCUGUUCAAGUGGUGGCUUGCGUCGAAUUAGCCGACUGUCAACAGGUAUUUUGUCCAGGAGAUGGUCAGAGGGGUGUUGGAAAGAAACGAAAACGCAGAGAGUAUCAGCCAGUCAAUUCUACACAUUGGGACGAUCCGUUGGUGAAGAACUUUACAGAAGAUUUCCAGCUGACUGUCACAUUCGGAGGAUUCGCUAAAACGCCGAUUGUGUCAUCGGCUUCUGACAUCGAAGUGACAUCCAGUUCCAUGAGCGGCGAGUGUAAAAUCAUUUUAAUAUCCGUAUCCAGUGCUGCAAUUCUCUUCUGCCUCGUCACCACUUCGGCUGCUGCCAUUGCGAUAGGAAGCAAAAGGAAAGGCGUGCUGGCGCCAUCUGCCGAUGAACUAGCGAAAAUCAGGAAGAGUUUGGAGAGAUCCAGGCGAAGGAAAUAAGACUAAUAUUUAAAAAGUUGUGAUCUAAGUGAAAAAUGUAUAUUAAAACAAUAACACUAUAUUUUCUAAAGCGAAAUAAAGCUAAUAUUUUAUACCAUUCUUC